AUGUUCCCCAACCUCCCCACGACCGCAACCGCAGCAACGACCCUCCUCUCCCUCCUCACAGCAACAACCCUCGCCGCGCCCCCAGCACCACUACCUCGCGCCGCCGACACAAACGCCACGGCGCUCUACGGCCCCAAGUCCUGCGACAUCGCCUUCUCCGGCGCUAUCACCUACCAGCUCGACCUGGACGACUGCUCCAUCGGCGAAGUAACGUCGCAGAUCCCCGGCAGCCCUAAGCACGUCUGCGACGGCGGGGAUGCGUCCAAGGUGCUCGCAGGCGGCGACACCGUGUGGCAGAUUGGCUGCGCUGAUGGACACAUCGACAUCAAAGGCAACGGCCAAGCCGUCGAGAUCCACAUCCCGUCCUUUGGCGACGCGACCAUCGACAUGGGCGAGCCGGAGUACACGCUGUACGACUGCGGGAAUGCGAAGUGCAGUAUUUAUGAAUUCAGCCUGUGCGCGUGCGGGAAGAGCGGGACGCCGUGGAAGGAUUGUACGGGGGAUGGAGCAUAG